AGCUUCCCGGGUUCAGAUCUGAUUCCCGCUGGGUGGUCUCCUCGCUUUGCUCUUGCUUCAACAGUGCUUGAACGGAGCAGGCUUGCGGCCGCCCCACCCUUUUCUCCUUAGCCAGCUCAGCCGACGCCGAUUUCUACCAUGACCUCCCAGAUCCGCCAGAACUACCACGCCGAGAGCGAGGGCGGUGUGAACCGCUUGGUCAACCAGCUCCUCCAGGCCAGCUACAAAUACCUUUCCUUGGAUUUCUAUUUCACUCGGGAUGAUGUGGCUCUCAAGAAGUUCUCAUCAUUCUUCCAUCACCUUUCUGAAGAGAAACGUGAGCAAGCAGAGAAACUCUUGACUUUCCAAAACCGCCGCGGAGGCAGAGUUGUCCUGCAGGAUGUCAAGAAACCAGAUCAGGACGAAUGGAAGAAUGGAGCCAAUGCCAUGGAGGUUGCCCUUGAGCUGGAGAAGAGUCUGAACAAGUCUUUGCUGGAGCUGCACCAAAUUGCUUCACGUCAUACAGAUCCCCAUCUGUGUGACUUCCUGGAGACUCAUUACCUGGAUGAGCAGGUGAAGCUGAUCAAGAAGGUGGGUGACCAUGUGACCAACCUGAAGCGUCUCCGUGCCAGCGAGGAUGGCCUCGGCGAAUACCUCUUCGACCGGCUUACUCUGGGCGAGUCCAGUGACUGAGCUUCAGCGUUGCCCCCGCCCGGCUCCAGCCGCUGCCGUCCAAGUGUGUCGCUGGCUUGUUCAGCCAGUGUCGGAAGCUGGGCUACUCAGUAAAUGCACGCCUCUGUACUGCUGUCUAUCUUUCUGGGAGGCAGAGUUGUCUGUAACUGGCAUUAAAUAAACUUGGCAUUAAGCACUACAAA